ACCAAGAUGGCGGAUGACCGGACGGAAGAAACGGCGCCCCUCUUGACAGAACAACAGCCUACUGGCGACUCCCCGCCAGCUUAUUCACCAUACCCAAGCCAGGGGACGCUAGGAGUUGGAAGCAAUGUGGUGACAGUGCCCCCUAUAGGCCCUGAUGAGCUCCCACCUCCCUACAGCCCUGCUGGGAUCCCCACCAUCAACUGCAAGGUAUGCCAGGCCCCAGUCAGCAUUGAGGGCAAACUCCACCAACAUGUGGUUAAAUGUGGGGCGUGUAACGAGGCCACGCCCAUCAAGCCACCACCCCCAGGGAAGAAAUAUGUCCGCUGCCCGUGUAACUGUCUACUGAUAUGCAAAGGGACAUCACAGAGAAUUGCCUGUCCUAGGCCCAACUGUAAAAGGAUCAUCAACCUGGGUCCAGUCAAUGCCACAGUGUCCAUCAGACCCCCUGGCACCAGUAGAGUCAUCUGUGGUCACUGCACGGAGCCAUUCCUGUUCAAUAUUCACCACAACGCACUGGCACGGUGCCCCCACUGUAGAAAAGUUUCUUCUGUUGGCCCUCGCUUUGCGAGAACGCGUGCAAUUAUAUAUGGCUUGAUAGGCUUAAUCUUCCUGGGAGCUGGCAUUGGGGUCACCGUAGGAACAUAUGAGAUGGCAACUCACCAAGGAGGAUUAUAUGUUGUUUGGAUAGGUGCUUUCGUUACAGGAUUGCUUUUACUUAUCCGUGCCCUGUACUUCGUGUGCAUGAAGGUCAGUUCAGUAGAAGGACCUGCAUAGGUGGCAGCACAAGCCAAGAUAGGCUGCAUGUUAAGAAUGGAGGUUUGGACCAGACUAUUCAUAGACAUGUGCUCAUUGGACACGUUUUAAAUGAUUCUGCGUGAACCCAAGUUGAACCAGUUUAAUCUGUUCACACCUGUAGAGCAAGCUGAACAAAAUUGUUCUUCAACAUAUUCUGAUGAAAAUUGAUCUGUUAGUAUCAUUGCUCAUAAUGAUGAAAUUUCUAAUACCAAACAGUUCAUUUCCUGUAUUGUUGACAAAUCUGUUUGGUGAUAAUUAUUCUACACAUUUUCGACUCUGAAAUCACCGUUAUAGGUGAUAUAGGUGAUAUAUAUAUUGUCAGUACUGUGAUAAGCAGCAAAUCUUGUCAUUUUGAAUGCUUUCUUUACAAUCCCACUUCUGCGUGAGGUGAGUGCAUUGAACUUGUUCAGAAUGGGUUCGUAACUAAUUAAAAACCUUGUGUAUAAAUCCUGAUGUAGAUGUGUUUGACAAAAGAAUUGCCAAUAGAGGGCAUCAUGGUCACAUUGUCAUGGAGGAGGGGGUUGUUUUACUUGUGAUAAAGGCUUAGUGCUGCGAAAUGUUCAAUUUCAAAAAACUUGGACACAUCAAUAAUUUUUCCUUGUUAUAUAAAAGGGAUGGAAGACUACAUGAGAAUAUCGUUUAUUUUAGAGAUUAACUGAUUUGACCUCUGUACAUACAUGCUGUAUGAAGAAAGUAGGUCAUUUGGCGUAGAUAUACAGUGGGUUUGAAUUUAAUGUAAUUCUUGGAAAUUACGGUAAUCACAUAAAAUUUUCAAAGACAUUUUUUCUGAUAUUUUUCUUAUUCAAGACUGAUUAUUGGCAGAUAUUCACAACAACAUUUCAGUUAUUUUUGACAUAAAGUAGUCAAAAUUUUCAAAACUUCUGAAGCCAGAGUUUAAUUAAAUUUCUGACAAAAAAACUUUAAUUACUGAGUAAGUACUGUAAACAAACUUUUCAGUCAUAAUGUACCCAGAAAUUUGAGGGAGGUGCCUCCAGAUUUUUUAGAGUAGUGUGUCAUGGUAUAGGAGAUGGACUUGCUUUUAAUGUUUGUUUUACGUCUUUGAGAAGUUAAAAAGUUGAUUAUGUUAAUAGGCCAUUCUGCCUACAUUCUAAACACCAAGAUGGUGAAAUUUUUUCAUUUUGUUGUAUGCUGCUAAAAUAUAGUUUUUUAUGCGUUACUGGGGGCUAAUAUCUGUAGAGUUCCCCUUCAGAAUAUAUAUAAUGUUAUUAUUCAAGAUAUUUCACUGCUAGUCAUUUUUUCAGCAUAGCUAAUUGAACAAUAUGCAUCUGUAUAAAAUGUGUCAUCAGAAAUUAACUUUUAUUAUUUGAACUUUGUGCACCAUAAAUGCAUUAUUCUCUAUGGCACAUGAAUAGAGCAUGGGGAGGAAUGAAAUUAAUCAUCAGGAAGUGAUGGUUUUAUUACUCUUUCAUUAAAGAUUAGACUAUGUAAUUGUGUAUUUUACUUUAAACAUUUGUAUAUACUUGAUGUAUACCUAUAUGAGAACUAUUGACUGAUAUAAUAACCAUAUUAAGCUACCAUGUAUAACGAAGAGCAACCCAUUUCCAUGUAAUGUUCACUUAUACUGUUCCCCUGUGCUUUAUGGGAAGAUACUUAAAUUCAAAAUGAAAUGCUGGAAUAAGACUUGCCUAGUGUUUAUUUUUUAUCAGGUAGUCUCCUAGAGAAAGAAAGAUUGUUUCUAGGAAAACACCAGUCAUAUUGCUUAUGAAUGAUAUUAUUAUGAUCAUAUCAGUACUUGAUGAAUGUUAUAGUAUUUUUUAGGUAAAUUGCACGUCAACUUUCAUCUUCGUAGUCUGGUGUCUUGGAUGUGUAAAUUGUCUAGUGCUUUUUUUUUUUUUUUUUUUUUUUUUUUUUUUUUUUUUUUUUUGCAAAAUAAUGACUUUUAUUCUACAGAUUGAUGUAUAUAAUGGUGACAAGGGCUAAGAUAUGUGCCAGGCAUUUUACAUGCUCAUCUGGUGACCUUUGCCGAAUUCUGAGCAAAAAUAUUUUCCGAAUUAAGUGUCCAUCAGUGUCUGAUUGUAUUUCGUGCAGAAUAUUUGAGAUUUGAGCCAAUUGCGACUAAUGGGAUGAAUAUUAUUAGGAUUUGCCUAUAUGGUAAUCUCUUGGCACAGUGUGCAAGAUCGUUCACCAAAACCAUUUUUUUUUUAUUCCAGAUUGCAGUUAUAUUUCUCUUUGGCAAAUUAAUGUUUGCAAAACUGAAGACCACACUGUAGCUAAGUGGUCAGUUUGGGAUUUAGGCUAUUUUAUAUAGAUUUAUUUUUUCAUCAUUUCUGCACUAUUACUGCAUGUACUAUAGGACACGUCAUAACACAAGUAAGCAUUUAUUUCAAGUUCAGCGACUGUUACCUGGUCAAGAAAGCAAAUGUGAUGUUGUACACUGGCUUGACAAACAGUAAGGAAAGACUGGGACUAUAUCUGCAACUGGGCAUGAUUGUACAUUCACCUGUUUGCAUGUGAAAUUCUUAUAUGAAAGGAUUGCUUUUGUAAAUAAACAAUUUUUCAUGUCUGUUA